UCUGUGAGGGAGGAGGCCGGUCCGGGGAGGGAGGUUUAUCAGCAGGGUCUGUGAGGUCUGCGCCAUUAAGUCACCUCCACAAGAGCCGUGGUUGACUUAGCCGCAGACACCGCUAGAAGCAUGCAGGCCCGGGGCUCCGGUAUCACUCCAGGAGGAGACAGCCGCCUGUCCGUCCUCCAGCGACACCUCACAGCAGUUCCUGUGUCAGGUCAGCUUGCCACAGCCACCUAUUCACCAAACUUUCGCUACACCUUGGACAAUAAUCUCCUGACCCCAGAGCAGAGACAGUUCUACGAGGAGAAUGGAUUCCUUGUUAUAAAAAACCUGGUAUCACACAAGGACAUAGAUGAAUUUAGGGAUGUCUUUGAGAAAGUUUGCAGGAAAGAAUUGACAGCACCUGGAAUGCUUGUAAUGCGAGAUGUGGCCAUUGCCAAGUCAGAAUAUGUUCCAGAUCAAAAAGCAAUUACAAAAGUUCAGGAUUUCCAGGAGCUUCCUGGAUUAUUCCGAUAUUGCAGUCUACCACAGAUUCUGCAGUACGUGGAGUGUUUCACUGGCCCCAACAUCAUGUCCAUGCACACCAUGCUGAUCAAUAAGCCUCCAGAUGCAGGUAAGAAGACUUCUCGGCAUCCAAUGCACCAGGAUCUGCACUACUUCCCAUUCAGGCCUGCAGACCGAAUAGUUUGUUCUUGGACAGCCAUGGAGCACAUUGACCGAAGCAAUGGAUGCCUUGUGGUUCUUCCAGGAACUCACACAGGAGAACUCAAACAACAUGAUUAUCCAGAGUGGGAGGGUGGGGUCAAUAAGAUGUACCAUGGAGUUCGUGAUUAUGAUCCAAACAUCCCUAGAGUGCACUUAACCAUGGAAAAGGGAGACACAGUGUUCUUUCACCCCAUCCUUAUCCAUGGAUCGGGAAUGAACAAGACAGCUGGCUUCAGAAAGGCUAUCUCCUGCCAUUAUGCCAACUCAGAUUGCUACUAUAUAGAUGUCAAGGGAACAAGUCAGGAAAACAUUGAGAAAGAGGUUGUUGAAAUUGCAAAGAAACGGUAUGGAGUGGAGGCUGAGAUUUCCUUAAAGGAUGCAUGGAUGGCAAAAGCACGUGUUGCUCAAGGGGAGAGACUCAACCUGUAACUGGUGUCCUGAUUUCCUUGUGCCAUAGAGAAGAACACUUGUCCUUAAACUAUCUCCACAGUUCUCAUUCUCAUGUUAUUGAAGAUCAGAAAUUAUUUCUUGUUUAAUUAAAAUGACAAGCAC